AUGCAUUAUUUUGCGGGUUUAUUUCGCUCGAGGCAACGUGCUGCAUCCACUCCGCCUGCUGCUCGUCAUUCUUGGACCCGGCUGCGACGCUCACACUCCGCUGUUGUUCCCUUGACCAAAGAGCCACAGCAAACUGGGACCAGCGAAGAGACGAGGACCACAAAUUUAGGAGAGGACGGUGCAAACAAUGAAACUGUCAACAAAAUUGACGACCAAGUAGAUGGGGGUGUACCACUGAAGAGGCAGACAUCAAAUGUACCGGAAUACCACAGCAGUGAUGGUGAUCAUUCUCAACACCGGGAACCCCAGCACGGGGGACGCAUGAAGGGGUUCUUGUCCCGGCUUCGCGUGGGCAGAUCCCAAGAUCGAAGCUCGGCAUCAGAGUCGCUCCCCGUGAUACCGCAAGAGGCUGCCGGCGACCCGAUGACAACAGAUCCGGUCAAAAAAGAUGUCCCUUCACUACAUCCUCCAGCCCAGGAACAGCGGAGUUUUAGUGCUCAGACAGUACUGUCUCAGGAAUCGAACCAGACUACUGCCACUGUAGACCAUCACCCAUCUCAACGCAUUCCUAUGGUUAUCGAUGAACCGAAUGAGGAUUGGUUGGGCUUAAUGAACUACCCUACUCAUCAUCCCGAGGCAUCUGAUCCUUUCUCUGAUGGGAAGAACAUUGAAUCCCGGCAACCUGCAACAUCCGGGUAUGAUGGGGAUCGUAGCCAGAGAGAAUCCGAGACGUCUGUCCAUUCCUGGGUUGAAAGUGAAAGGCAACCCUCUUCCAAAUCCCACAGCAGUCAUCGUCACAAUGCCACCAGAAUCAGUUCGGUUAGCAGUCAUGCGAGUCGGGGCAGUCGAUUAAGCCGCGUGGACCCAUCUAAAGCGGCGAUGGCAUUCGAUGUGCUCGCUGCUCAGUUGAAUAUUCCCCUUUCGAUCCAGGGAGAUGAUCCUGUCAUUACUACCCCGGAGAAGCUACCAGAGGAAGCUCAACGUCGGUAUCGAUUCAGCCGUAUACGCCCAACCCAAUCCAACCAGACCUUAGGAGAAACUUCUAACCCGCCGGUCAAUAAGUUGCGACGGACUAAAACAUUUGCCAGCCUUGGGCGUCGAGCGAGUCCAAUGAGUUCUCUACGAGGCAAGUCUGUUGAUUUUAUCGCGCGCCUGGGAGGACACAGCUAUUUGAUCCUGCCUUCCGACCUGGCACCUGGACCCCUGCAGCUUCCAGCAUGCAUCGUGGCGAUGGCGAUGUACUUACGCAAAUCUGCUCCCCAUUCAACUGAGCUUUUCAUCGAACCAGGCGACAUGAAAGCGGCCACACGCCUGUACAACCACUUUGCGAAUCAAGUCUUGCUUUCAGAGCGGGAUGCGCACAAAAUUGCGAUGACGACGCGAGUAGUCGCGAUUCCGCACGUCGAGGCAGAGUCCAAUGCAGCAGCCGUGCUCAGUGUCGGGUGGGUGUUCAAAGAACUGAUGGCGGGGUUACCAAGGGGGAUUUUCGGGUCCGUCCGUCUGUUUCAGAUCCUGUAUAGUAUCUACUUGGCCGGCCCUGCGAAUCCAGGAUGCGUUCGACUUGUCACGUUGGCGAUCAUGGCCCUGACGGGAGAGAUGCAAUGUGCGCUGAUCUGCGCAGUAUUUGGCCUUCUCACUAGCCUGCUGCAGAAGACGGAGAACGUGGACGAUGAAACCGGGACUUCGGUCCGGCCGGUGGCGAACCCCCUUCAGCCCGAUGGAUUGGCGCGGGUAUUUGGACCGCUGCUCGUCGGCGGGCGUGAUCGUGAUCGUGAUCGUGCGGCGCAAAGCUCAGUGGAACAAGAAGUGGAGGAGCAACGGGUAGUGGAGCUGUUAUUGGAUCAUUGGCGGGGUGUCAGUCGUCAACUUCGGGAAUGGACAGGAGAUUCGCGAACUGGAAAGCGAGAUUAG